AUGUCUCAAGAAACUCAAAUAAUUGGUUAUGCUCAACCUUGGAUUGUUUCCCCUGGAGACCCGGUUGAUAUCAAAAUCUCAAGUACCGAAAAGGGAUAUGAUCACCGUUUAGUCCGUCUUGUUCAGGGGUUUAGCGGUCCUCAUGCUCCCCCAGUUGUGAUAGAAGAUAUCACUGAGGUCCCCGUUGGCCACCACGAGGAUGGUUGUUUUCAAGAUGCCUGUGCAGGCUCCUAUGCUCUUAUCCCAUCCUGGGCGGAUGUGGCCCUUGCAGCGGGAGAGGGCUUCGAAGUAGAGUUCCAUGCGCAGCCAUACUUGCUUGAUGUGGACUACUACUGCCAAACCCUUGUAUCAUGUCUCGACAUCCCUUCUCGGACUGGAUUCGCUGUCGUUUUGAAAAACUCAAAGCUUGAAUUCUAUAUCGGCACCGGAGAUAAGAUCCAGGUCGUCCAGAGCCAGCUUCUCGUGAAUCGCUGGAGAUGGCUCAAGAUUAGCCUCAGUAUUGUUAACAACACCUUGACUUCGAGCAUUCAUCAGUUGAACCGUCUCGCCGAGACCGCUCCCAAUGGCGAGAAGAUGACUACUGCCUUGUCGGCACCGCUGGUUCUGGGAUCGAACUCGCUAAUGUUUGGUGCAGGCAUGUUCAAAGAUAUCAAUGAACAGAGCUCUAAGUCGGCAUGCUAUUACAAUGGCCGAAUCGACUCUCCUUCCUUUACCGUGACGGGUGCAUCACGCCGCACAGUCGCGCAGUAUGACUUCUCCAAAGACAUCUCCAGCGACUCUAUCGUUGAUGUUUCUGGAAAUGGUCGCCAUGGUGUUUUGAUUAAUGCACCCACUCGCGCCGUUAAGGGAUAUAACUGGGAUGGCACUCAGCCAGACUGGACCAAAGCUUCGUACGGAUAUGGAGCCAUCCACUUCCACGAGGAUGAUCUUGAUGAUGCAAAGUGGUCCACAAACUUCACUAUUACUAUCCCAUCAACCGCUCGCUCGGGUGCAUAUGCCGUUGAAGUCAAGACUGCAGACGGAACAAGCGAUAUGAUCACAUUCUUCGUCCGACCGAACCCCAGUUCCACGGCCAAGGUGGCCUUGGUCAUGACAACAUUCACAUACCUCGCAUAUGCCAAUGAGAGAAUGUACGACGAGAGCAAGUCGUCAGCAAUGACAACUCCGGAUGGAGUUAGCAUCGGCCGUGGUAACGAGUAUUAUAAGAACCUGGCCCGCCGACCGGAUUUGGGUCUGUCGGCCUAUGACGUUCACACAGACGGCUCCCCCAAUGCAUACUCGAGUGCUCUCCGACCGAUUCUCAAUCUCCGACCUGGAUAUGUACACUGGGCCUUGGACCGGCCUCGCGAGUUCAGCGCCGAUCUCCUCAUGGUCGGAUACCUGGAACGUUCCGGAAUUCCCUAUGACAUUAUCACCGAUCAUUGCUUGAGCAGCAAAGGUCAGGAAGCAACCGCGCAGUACACCACACUCAUCACAGGCUGCCACCCCGAAUACCACACUCUUACUUCUCUCGACGCCUUCAGUGCAUUCGCCAAAUCAGGCGGCAACUUGAUGUACUUGGGCGGCAACGGAUUCUACUGGGUCGCCGAUGUUCUCAAUGAUCGUUCUCACCGCAUGGAAGUUCGGAAGGGCGAUCAGGGUUGUCGUUCCGUCACGUUCCCCGCUGGAGAACGUAUGCACAGUCUUACCGGAACCCUCGGAGGAUUAUGGCGCAGCCGCGGUCGUGCUCCCAACUACCUCUGGGGUAUUGGGCCAUGUGCGUUCGGUACUGGACCCGGAAAGCCUUAUACAGCAGAUUUGAAAUAUGCCCAGGAUGAGAAAUAUAGCUGGAUUUUCAAGGGUAUUGACCCAACUCAGCCGAUUGGCGCAAAGGGCUUCGGUGGCGGCGCCAGCGGUGAUGAGAUCGAUCGUCUGGAUUUUGCGCUUGGAACACCGUCGAAUGCGGUCCUACUGGGAAGAAGUCAACAGCAUGAUGAUUCCUUUGGACUUUUCAACGAGGACUCCAUGUUCCCCAUGGUGAACACUCUCGGUUCGACUUGUGAUAUGGUCAGAAGUGACCUGGUAUAUUAUGAUGCCUCCGGUGGUGGCGCGGUAUUCUCUGUUGGUAGUAUCAACUGGUAUUGUAGUAUGGGCUGGGAUGAUUAUAAUAACGACGUCGCUACAAUGACUGACAAUGUGUUGAGAGAGUUUGUGAAAAGAGGAAAGGGUGCUGGGGAGAAGUGA